UGCGUCGGCGUCACCCCCUCCACCCCCACCAGCAGAGACAGAAAUGGUCGCCCCAGCACCACCACCGCCACCGCCACCGAAACCUGACCAGGCCGUCGGCGACGCGUCAGUGACACCCCCUCCACCACCAGAGACAGACACGCCCGGCCAAACACCACCCCCGCCGCCGCAAAACAAAACACCAGCGGGAGAAACGGUCAUCCCGCCACAGGCUGACACGAAGAGGCAAACCGGGACCGGCGACGUCGCCGGCAUGUCUGAGAAAACACAGGCUCCGUCGCAGGAGACGGCGGCCGCCACCAGUGCCGAGGACCACCUUCCUGCACCACCGCCGCCGCCGCCGCCUCCUGAGGAGCAGAAGCAAGGCGGUACUGCCAAAGACGGGAAGGACUCUGCCACGGCAAACUCGCCCCGAGCAGAGGAGAGGAAGCCGGGCACAAGUCGCUGGACCCGCGUCCGGUCGCCGGUGCUGUUGCUUCUCUCCCUCUUCCGCCUCCGCCUCGGGAAGCCGAGCCAGGCGAUCGAGCAGCCUAAGGUGGAGGACGAGCUGGCCGCACAGAAGGAGGAAAGUGAAGGGAGCAAGCGCCGUCGCCAUGAAGCCGAGGCCUCAUUGUCGCCGGCGGGGCGGAAGGAGGCGCCGCCCGGGGAACCGCACCAAACCAAGCGCCGCAAGAGCCUGCAGCGCACCGAGAGCGUCCGGCCUCCCGAAGGUGUCGUCGCCGCUGCUGCAGGUGAAGCUGACGCCAACCGAACUCCCAUGAAAAAGAAGCUUAAAAAUGCGUUCGUGCUCGUGAAGGACACCUUGGCGUGGUACGGCCGGCAUCGCUCCCCGAAGAAUGCGGAGAAGCCGGAGGAGGACCAGUCGGCGGCGCCGAAGGAGAAAGGCGGAGAGGCCAAGCCGUCGACGUCGUCACCGCCGGAGGAGGAGGCGGGGACGAAGUCGAAGCAGGACGACAAAACUGAAGAGACCACCAAAACCAAAGAGCCGUCGACGGCAGCGCAAGAGGAGUCUAAGGAGAAGGCGCGCCGGCGGUGGGAACGGGCGGAGGUGCGUCUGGAGAAGAUCCUGGAGGACGCGUGCACGAGGCUGACGCUCGCCGAGUUCAGGAAGCUCCCGAACCACAAGGAGGAGCCGCACCAGCAGUGCCUCCUCACCUUCUCGGUGUUCCCGCUCGGCGAGCAGGUGAAGAAGCAGGCCGUGACGUACUGGUGGUCCACGCGGUUCAACCUUCUGUCGGAGAGGGCGGGAGGCGCGGACGGGAUCUUCUCGAAGCUCUCCGGCGGCGGCUUCCUGGAGCCGAUCAAGAACGGCAGCACCAGGGUCAUCUACGGCUGCCGGGUGAACCCGCUGGUGCACUGGAUGGCGAAGCGGCUGGCGAGGGAGAAGGAGUGCGCCGACCUUGACGACCCCGGUGGCCCGGCUUUCAGCCAGCCCAAGUCGGAGGUCCUCUGCCUCACGGCGGGCAACCGUGCCCGGAUGCAGAAGCUGCGCGAGGAGGACGGCUUGCGGCCCCGGACCCGGCCCAAGCCCAGCCAAACAAUGGCGCCUCCUCCGGCUACGCAAGCAGUCGGGGCCCCAUCCCAGAAGCUCCAGGAGGACAAUGAUUCGCAGGCCCAGUUGAAACCCAGUCCAUCAAAGGUGCCUCCAGGUGGGCUCCCAUCCCAGGAUCAACAAGAUGAGACCAAACGGGAUGAUGAAAUGUUGGAGACUGCGAUACUACUCAUCGAGUUUGAAAGGAAGAAAGUCAUCCUCAACAUUGAUGCACACGUGUACCGACUCCCGGAGCCCUUGCUCACAAAGCUCGCCGACGGCCUGGAGGUGCUGCAGCUCGGCCGGUGGGGGAACACCGACGACGAGACAUACAUGGAGGUGGAAGCUCUUGAGUCGCUGAGCGCCAUCGGCAAGCUGAAGAACCUCCGGUACCUGAGCGUGCGCGGGUUGUCGCGGCUGACGGAGCUCCCAAGUGAGGUCCGGAGGCUCCGGAAGCUGGCCAUCUUGGACGUGCGCGGGUGCCAGAACCUGGUCAAGCUGCCGUCGUCCACCGUGAAGAAGCUUGUGGGGCUGACCCACCUGGACCUCACCGAGUGCUACAUGCUGGAGCACAUCGGGCGGGGGGUCGCCGCCCUGCCGGAGCUGCGCGUGUUCAAGGGCUUCGUGUUCGGCGUCGGCAAGCGGCGGCGCGACGCGUGCAGGCUGCAGCACCUCGCCAAGCUGAAGAAGCUCUGGAAGCUCAGCGUCAACGUCACCACCGACGCCAACGUGGAGCAGGACGAGAUGAAGCAGCUCGCGAAGCUCGCCGGGCUCCUGUCGCUCACGGUUACGUGGGGCGAGAGGCCGAGCAUAUUGCUGGAUAGUAGCCCGAAAAUUCAGAAGCAGCUGCAAGAUCUCCUUGAUACCUGGACCUGCCUCCGGCUACCGCCGCAGCUCGAUAAGCUGGACGUCCGGUGCUACCCCGAGGGCAAGCUGCCAUUGGCGACGUGGCUCAACGGCAACAAGAAACUCAAGAAGCUCUACGUGAGAGGCGGGGAGGUGAAGGAGCUCGACAUCCCCGGAGACAACGUCAUCGAGACCCUGCGCCUCAGGUACCUCAAAGAGUUCGAGCUGAAAUGGACGACUGACCUGCUCCCUAAGUUGAAUGGGAACACCAUUAAGUGUGUGGAGGUUGUCGAUAAGGAUUCUAAAGUGGUGAAGGCUCAAACCAAAGGUAAGGGUGAGCUGAAUGAGAAGGAGGGGACAGAGAAAGAGAAGCUGAUUCCCAUUAAGAAGCGGAUGAAAAUACCGGUGUGUACCGUGGACGAACAUGGGGUGUGGGUGAGGGAUCUCAAGGAAGAAGACGCCGGCGGCCAAACUCCAGGUAAAGCAGAAGGUGCUACCGGCGUUGUCAAAGCUGAAAAUGGUGUCGACGAUGCUGGCAAAGCGCAAAAAGAAGUGAAAAAGGAAGAGAAGCCAAGCAACCUCAAAGGCACCCAAGGAGAAAAUGAGCAACCAGCACCAGCCAAGGAAGACAAUGGAGCUACUGAUGAGAUAAAAAAAGUUGACGGCGGAGAUAAGAACCAUGAGAUUGUUAAUAAAGAGAACGACAACAAGAGAGAGGCAAAAGAUGAAGAGCACGAUCCUAUGAAGAAGGGUCCGCAAGUACAUGAGCCUAACGUAGAUGGGAAUAAGGUGCAGGCGAGCAAUGAGAACGAGGAACUCAAAGAGGCCGUGGAGAAGCAAGUGUCACCUACUCUCGCUGUCGAUCAGACAGCGGUUCCAAGGAGCGAGGGAGAUAUCAAGAAAGGUGCCGUCACCGAUAAGACCCACAAAGACAAAAUAAGUGAAACUAAAGAAGAGAGGCAAGACGAACCGAGAGAUGCCAAAGGACAAGAUGAGCCACCUAGCAAGCAAGACACAGAAAACACCGAUGAACCACAAACAGAAGGUGAAGACAAAGGCAAAGACGAUGAGCAGCCCGCCGACGAAGACGGAGGCGGCGGUGGCGGCGAUACAACCACCGGUGAUGCGUCGAGCUCGCAGGCGUCGAAGCCUAAAGAGGAGACCCCUGCCACAGUAACCCCAGCUACUGAAACAACCGCUUCUCCCCCAGCAUUACCGCUUGCAACUACCACCGCUGCUCCGGCUGCCGUGGACGCCAAGGAACCUGGGAAGGCUGGCCAAGAUGAUGGACCAGGCACAGGCGCAGCGGUAGAGAAUAAUUGAAGAUCAAAAGCAUGCAGCACAUCUGCCUAAGGUGCAGAAAAUUAAGGGGGGAGGAUUGUUCUGAUGGCCACCUUCUUCUUCUGGUUGGACCGUUCAAUCGCCCGGAAGUUGACAUUUGGAAGAAAUAACAACAGGCUGCUCGUACUUGUUACCAGCGAUAUAUGUAUACUUACCUAUAUGCUUAUUCUUGAAUUUAAAUUUGUGAACUCGAAUUCUAUCAAUAAAUCUUCACGCGAAUAAGAUGCGGCUUUCUUACGCUCAAUCUUCAUGGCAAAGUAAAGAUUGUAACAUAAAAAGA